AAGGAAGGUUGAUACAUGUGACUGCUGAAGCGGGGCACUUGAUACAAUUAUACUGAUAGGCAAAAUGCCAACAAUGUGACAUGUACUGAUAUCAACUCGACUCAAGAUAAACUAUGUGAACAUUAUCACUGCAGUACAUAUAUCGUGUCGAUAUCUCAAACCAAAUCCCCCUUUCAACAAAUGAACCAAUCCGGGGAAAUCCCAAACAAGGUGCACAUUUCAAUCAAUCUGUAGCGGGAUUUCCUUGUCAUUGUGGGUUAAUCUAGAUGGGUGAAAGCAACGUACUGGUUGCCUGUACAGGUAGCGUAGCAUCUAUCAAGAUACCAAAACUGAUAGAACACUUAACAAAUUCACAUACGAAGAUAGAAGUCAAGUUAGUGACGACACAGAAUGCCACACAUUUCUUCAACCCAGAGGAGUUGCCAGUUAAAGUUCACAAAGAUGCUGAGGAAUGGGAGAGUUGGAAAAAAAUAGGGGACCCAGUGCUUCACAUUGAGCUGAGGAGAUGGGCAGAUUUAAUGGUCAUAGCACCUCUGGAUGCCAACACCAUGGCGAAGAUUACAAAUGGCAUCUGUGACAACUUGUUGACAUGCAUUGUCCGAGCGUGGGACAUGAAGCGCCCUCUGCUGUUUGCUCCUGCAAUGAAUACACACAUGUGGGAGCACCCGCUCACGGCUCAACACCUGACGACACUGAAGGGCCUGGGCUACCAGGAGAUCCCCUGCAUCAGGAAGACACUGGCAUGUGGAGACACAGGGUAUGGGGCAAUGGCCGAGGUGGAAACGAUUGCAGCCCAGGUGAUGGCUGCUCUACCCUCUCAGCAGCAUCCCACAUCAAGUCAACAAUCGUAAUAUAUCAAGAUGAAGAUUUACCCAAAUACAGAUGACUUGGAUAUAACUAACACCACCUUUUAAAUCAGUUCCUGGUAGCAGUGCUAUCAAAAUUAAGAAUACAGUUGUCUAACACUAUGGUGUGGACUAUAACAGGGUGUGCCCUCUAUACUGAGUUAUUUGGUUUUUUUCACCACUUUUGACUAUAUUCCAGAAAUAUCAGGACUCGACAUUGUACGCAUGUGGUACACUAUGCUAGUUCAUCUCAUAUCCUGGGUGAAUGUAUAUUGGUUUUGCACUAUGAGGCAUGUAAUCAGUGUUUAUUUUACACAACCUGUGUAUAAGGGUCAAGGAGGAUCUCGUAGAUGUGCAUCUGUGGUGAAAGUUAAAGUUUUUGAGUUUUACAUUUUGUUACUUUUGAAAUAAAUUAUGUUUCUUUUUGUUUAA